AUGGCUACCUACUCCUCUGUGAAAGAAGUAGAUGAUGCAUAUUCGACACUGUUCUCCACAUUCACAACUGGUCGAACGAAAGACCAUGCCUGGAGGCGCUGGCAGCUCAAGCAAGUUUGGUGGAUGCUGGAAGACAACGAAGCGCGGAUUGUGGAAGCUUUGAAGGCGGAUCUCAAUCGUCAUCCCAUCGAGGCAGUGUCCGCAGAGGUAUUCACCCUGAAGUCCGAUGUGUUGGAUCAUCUCAAACAUCUCGACGAAUGGACAGGGACGGUCCCGCUUGACGACGCAGGAUUCCUCAUGCGUCACUUGGGACAGGCUCGUCUUCGAAAAGAGCCGCUUGGAGUGACUCUAAUCAUUGGUGCCUGGAAUUAUCCAAUACAGCUUCUACUCCAGCCUAUGAUCGCUGCCAUUGCCGCAGGCUGCUGCAUCAUGCUAAAACCCUCCGAGCUCAGUGUCAAUUCCGAGAGGCUUUUGAAGGAAAUGAUACCGAAAUAUCUUGAUUCGAGUGCAAUUCGAUUGGUCACGGCUGGAGCAGAUCAGAUGCCACGUCUUCUCGAGAAACGCUUCAACCAUGUUUUCUUCACCGGCUCCAACAAGGUCGCACGCUUUGUCGCAGCGGCAGCGGCAAAGCAUCUCACACCAGUCGUCCUGGAAUUGGGAGGUCAGGGCCCUUGCAUUGUGACAAAGUCCGCUGAUGUCGACUUUGCUGCAAAGCGAAUCAGCUAUGCCAAGUUUACGAACGCAGGGCAGAUCUGUCUGAGCGUCAAUCAUGUCUUUGCCGAGCCCGAAAUUGUCGACCAGUUGCUCGAGAGGCUCUCAUACUGGAAUUCACAGUAUCUCCGGGAGGGUCCAGGAGAUAUGUGCCGAAUCGUCAACGAGCGCCACUUUGACCGUCUGUCAAAUCUCCUCGAUAGAUCAAACGGCGUGGUCACCUAUGGAGGUAAGCACGACAAGAGGACGCGGUUCUUUCACCCGACUGUCGUUCGCGACGUUGUCAUGGGAGACUCUCUGAUGUCAGACGAGAUAUUUGGACCCAUUACUCCUGUUAUCACAUGCAGCGUUGCCGAGGCCAUCGAGCGGACCAACAAGCUGCCGAAUCCUCUGGCAUUGUACCUUUUCUCGAAUGACCAAGCUGUCAUAGAUGAAACCCUUGCCAAGACCCUCUCUGGAGGAGUGACGAUCAACAACGUCUUUUUCCACGCUGUCCUACACGGUGCUCCGUUUGGUGGUGUCGGAGAGUCUGGGCAGGGGGCGUAUCAUGGCAAGUAUGGAGUCGAUUGCUUUUCUCACUCAAGAGCUGUGGUUGCUCCUCCGUCCUGGAUGGAUAGAUUGAUGGCUUUCACUUUUCCACCUUACAAUGCAAAGAACCUAAAAUACCUAACCGUCAAGAAUUCGAUUGGGUUUCGGCGUGGAGAGACAAUGGAGGACCAGAGAAAGAGGAAGAGCUUUCGUUCCGCCAAGGUUCUAAGCCUUGGUGCUCUCACGAUUGUAGUCUUCUUUGUUGGUAGAUACAUUCUCCAUCAGAAAAAAGGACUUGGUGGCAGAUUUGUGUCAGAAUACCUGUCCAAAUCUUCGGCAUGA